UGACACCUGAGUUUUCCGGAAGUCUCAGUUAAACAUAUUCAUGAAUCAGGUAGAAAAGAGAAAAAAUCAAACUUUCUCAGUAUUGUGCAGUUGUACGCCUCGACGUUCACAUCUUGUUACGCCUCACGGACGCGUUUGUGCUGUGUCUGAAGAACAAUAUCCACUGUGUUUUUUCUGUCUUUGCCAUAGAAACAUGUUCCUGCCAAUUCUUGGACUGGUUGUUUUCGGUUUCGUCUAUCGCUGGUACAAGGAGAGGAAACGAGUGCACAACAAAGCAGACAAAUAUGUGUACAUCACCGGCUGUGACACCGGCUUUGGGAAUCUCCUCGCCAAGCACCUAGACCAGUUGGGCUUCUGUGUGAUCGCGGGUUGCUACACUGAGAAAGGCGAGGACGAGCUGAAGAAGACCUCCUCCGACCGACUGACGACCAUUCACCUGGACGUCACCGACUCUGAAAGUGUCUCCAAAGCAGCAGCUUUUAUCAAGACUCUGGUUGGAGAGAAAUACCUGUGGGCUGUAGUGAACAAUGCUGGAGUCGGUGUGCCGUCUGGUCCUGAUGACUGGCUCACUAUAGAGGAUCACAAGUCCAUGAUAGGCGUCAAUCUUUUGGGCGUAAUCGAUGUAACGCUGAGCGUCCUGUCUCUGAUCAAGAAGGCCAGAGGCAGAGUGGUGAACGUGGCCAGCGUGUUCGGGAGGAUCACCACGUUUGGGGGACCGUACUGUUUGUCCAAGUACGGAGUGGAGGCCUUCAGUGAUAGCCUACGUUUAACCAUGGGACACUUCGGAGUCAAAGUGUCCUGCAUCGAGCCCGGCUUCUUCAAGACUGGUUUGACUGAUGUGGCAAUCCUGCAGAACAGCCUGACUAAACUCUGGGGCCGAUUACCUCCGGAUGUCAAAGACGACUAUGGGCGUAAUUUCAUUGACAAUUCUCUUGCGUUGUGUGAAAAGAGGAUUAACCAGCUCGCAGACGGGAACCUAAUGAAGGUGGUCAACAGUAUGGAGCAUGCCGUCUCUGCCGUUUAUCCUCGGGCUCGCUACACCGUUGGAUGGGACGCCAAGUUGAUCUGGCUACCUCUGUCCUACAUGCCGAGCUGCAUCUGUGACAGAAUGCUUCGAAUAAAUAGUCCCAAACCAGCAGCGUCUGUACUGUAGCGUUCUUGACAGUUUAGGUGUAACAUGACGAGAACAACCUAUGAGCAUUCACACUUUAAGGUUGAAUACACUGACGGCUUCAUAUGACUGUUACAUCAUUGAAUAAAUCUAGUUUUCUGAAUUUA